GCCCGCCCCCCAACGGCAGCACGUUUCUGCUAUACCACUGAUAAACUGGACAGUCCGGACAAUUUUAUACAUCAAAAUUGCCUGAGUACAUCCCUACAAUGGCCUCCACCUCAUCAGUUGGGGAUAAACAGUUGCAGAGGAUAAUCAGAGAUCUGCAUGAUGCAGUGAUAGAGUUAAGUAAGGAACACAGGGAGUGUGGUGAACCUAUAACGGACGACUUCGCCAACCUGCACAAGUUCUUCUACAAACUAGAAUACCUGCUGCAGUUUGACCAAAAAGAGAAGACAACCUUUCUUGGCCAGAGAAAAGACUACUGGGAUUACUUCUGCGACUGCCUGAUUAAGAUCAAGGGAGCUAACGAUGGCAUCCGUUUCGUUAAGUCCAUCCCUGAGUUGAAGACAUCACUGGGGAAAGGAAGAGCUUUCAUCCGCUACUCGCUCGUUCACCAGCGUCUUGCUGACACACUGCAGCAAUGUUUUAUGAAUCUAAAGGUCACAAGUGACUGGUAUUAUGCCCGGAGUCCUUUCCUCAAGUCUCACCUCACUGGAGACAUAAUCAACAAUCUUUAUGAACUCAACCAGAUCCAAUUUGAUGUGGCAGCCAGAGGUUAUGACCUUGAUGCAGAUUGGCCAAAAUUUGCAAGGCGAACAUUAGGAUCUGGCUCCUCAGCUUACCUUUGGAAACCCCCGAGUCGCUGCUCUAGUGUGAACAGUCUGGUUAGCAGUUAUUCACACUCACAGGGUCAGGAGUUCCUUCCAGUCCCAGACUUGAGCCACAGUGGUCUUGAUGAACUGGGAGAACUGGGGGAACCUUCUUCCUGCAGCAUUGCAGAGAAUCUGCGCAUUGAGCUUGACCAGUCCGAGCUCAGACAGCAGGAGCUUUUGGUGCGGGUUCAGGAGUUAGGCAAGGAGGCUGCGGAGCUGAAAGAUAUUGUAAAGCACCUUCAAGAACAGUUGUCAGCUCAGAAGUCUGCCAAUUCGACAUCUACAGCAGUCCAAAGUAACCCAGAAACAUACAGUGAAGAAAGAGUUAAUCACUAUCAAACCUGCAGGGAACCGAUAAGAAGUGAACUUCAAGAUAGACUCACAACUGCUGAGAACAAAAAUAUGGAGCUUCUUUCUAAGUUAGAUGAGGCUCUUAAAGAAAGGGGCCAACAAACUGCUAGUUACUGUGAAUCAGCCUGGAAAAUCCAGGAACUCCUGGAUAAACUGAAGUCUGCAGAGGAGGGGAGGUUUGAGGCUAAGAGAGAGGCUGAGGACAGGGCGAGGCACUGUGAAUGUCUGUCGCAGGAACUAAAACUCAGGGAAGAAGAAUUGAAGAAUGCUGAGGAGAAGCUAGGUGAAGUAAAAGCUGGAGCUGAUGACGAACGGGAGGCAGCGCUCACGCGGUUAGAGGAGCUCCAGAGUGCGGUUGGUCGAAUUCAGGGGGCAUUGACUUUGAAAGAGAAAGAGACAGGGAAUUUGAGAGCACAGCUUCAGGACCUGCAGGCCUCACUGGAGUGCAGGGAAAGGCAGGCGGAGGAACUGAGAAAAAUGCUCCAGGAAGAGAGGGAGGAGGUAGAGAAGCAGUGUAGUCUCAGUAGCAGCCAGAAUGAGGAACUUGAGAGUCUGAGCUUGGAUUUAAGAAAAACGCUUAAAAGCAGAGAGAAAGAGCUAGCUGCGAGUUCAGAAAGAAUCAAACAUUUGGAGGAGCAGUUAGAUAAGCUAAACGUGGGGAAAGAAACAGUGGCCCCUCGAAUUAUUGAUGAUGAAAUAACGUCUUGCAGUCAAUCAGAGAAUACUGCAGAUGACAAAACACAGUUCAGCAGUCUAAUGGAAAUAAAUGCUAAGCUUCUCCAAACGGUUAGGAAAAGUGAGGUAAGCAUUUCCGAGCUAACUGAGAGCAGGGCUGCCCUGUUAGACCAGCUAGCUUCUUUGAAGGCGUCUGAGAAGCACUUCAGAAGUAGAGUAGAAGCUGCAAAGAUGAGUGUGGAAGACAGAGAGAAAAAGCUUUUAGAUGAAAACCUGAAAUUGGAGGAGAUGGUUCAAAAGGCGUUUAUGCAAAGGGAGCAAUCUGAUGCUCAGUUAAAGAAGCUGGAGCAUGAGAAUACUGAGCUUCUCGGCAGUCAGUCCACACUGAAGCAACAGUUAGCCACAACUCAACAGGAACUGGAUUCUUUCACUACCAAAGCUGAAAAGUUAGACAAGAACAUUAUAGCGUCCCAGAAAAGCCAAGCAGAGUUACUUGAAAAGCUCCAGGAAACUGAAGCUAAGCUAAGAGACCAGACUGUAAAAUGUGAGCUUCUCCAAGGUCGAACUGAUGAGCUAGAAAGCAGGAGUGGGGAGCUGCAUGAUGAAAAAGGAGCCGCAGAGAGCAACGAAAAAAUGCAAAAGCUUCACAGUGAGCACCAGACUUCCUCAGUGGAAUCCAAAGAGGCCCCAUUCAGGCUGGUUAUAGCUGAGGCACAACUGGAAGUCAACGUGAGAGAGGUAACCAGGCUCCAGGAAGAGGUGGUGGAGCUUAGGGCACAACUCCUGGCAGGAAAUGAGGAGAGGAUGAAAGCUCAGGCCCUGCAGGAGGUGACAGAAACCUCCAGAGAAGACCUUCGUGUUUUAGUAGAACAACUGAAGGCCCAAGUGGAGGAACUAAACCGCCGGCAUGUGGAUGAAAUUCUUAGAUCUCGCGAGCGUGAGGAGGCUCUUAUUCGUGAGCGAGAUGGCGAGGCACAGGCUCGAGCCGGUCUUGCUGCAGAGGUGACGGCCUCUAGAGAGGAGCUUGAUAAGUUUAAGAUGCGUUACAAUGCUUUGUGUCUGGAGAACAGUGAAUCAAGGGAGGCCCUUCACAGAGCCAACACAGAGACCGCAGAACUAGGCGUGCACGUGUGCAUGCUGACCGCUGAGAACGAGGAGGCUCGGCUGCGCUGGGAGGGUCAGUCAACAAAGCUGCAGGAGCUGGAGGAGGAGGCGGCUCAGGAAGUAGGAAGGCUGAAUGCCUGCAUGGAGCAGCUGCGCAAGGAGAACCAGGAGCUCCACAGUCAGCUCCCAAACACUGAGGAUUUGAUGGCGUCCAAGGUGAAACUGGAGAAACAGUUGAGGGAGGCCCAACAGGAAGUCGAAGCUGUGCUGGAGAUGAACCAGGAAGAGAAUCAACAACUCCGGUUGCAGUUCAGCAGUGAAGCUGUGAGCCAUGAAAACCAGCUCCAGAGCACAAUUCAAGAGUUAGGGGAUGUUAAAUUGCAGCUCCAGACUGAGCAUGAGAAGGUAGUUGCCCUGGAGAACAACCUCAAGGGGCUAGAGGCUGAAAAUCAGAGAUACUGCCAACAGAUUGAGGAGACAAACAUCCAGAUGGCCGAGUCUGAAAACCUCAUUCAGCAGAAAGAAGACGAGAUAAUCCAUCUGAAAGGGAAUUUAUCAAGAUCUGAGGUGUACAAAUAUGCUUGUGCUUGUUGCAGGGACAAAGAUGCCCUUUGGCAGAAGUCAGACGCUCUGGAGUUUGAGCAGAAGCUGCGGGAUGAGGAGUCGGAGAGGGACGUUAACUACUGUCUGGGCUGCCACACUCAGUUCAGCUGGUGGUUCCGCAAGUACAGCUGCAGGCUGUGUGGUCGUCCUUUCUGCUACUACUGUUGCAGCAACACGGUGAGCACCCAGCAGGGUGGCAACAGAGAGCGCUGCUGUAAGGACUGUUACAACCAGCACAGUGCAGUAGUUGAGCGCCACCCGCAGGAAGAAGUGACUCACAGCACACCGGGAACACCAUUUAGGCGCUUUCUGCAGGCUGGCUUGGCUGUAAGCGGUGUUUCAGGAGCAGGUGGAGAUGAGAAACUGGACGAUGGUGUUUUUGACAUUAUCACAGAUGAGGAAGUGAUUGGGGUGUACGACAGUGAAUCCCUGUCUUUUGUCACCGCUUGCUCGCCUGGACAUGGACAGCAGGGGGCAGCACAACUAAACAGCAGUGCCAGUGCAGGAGACCUCACAUCAGAGGAUACUGACGACCUCAGCGCUGCGGUACAGGAUGCAGAGAUCUGCCUGCUGAAAUCUGGAGAACUGACGUUCUCUGUGCACUUCACGGUGGAUGACAUCGCAGCGUUUGGCGACAGCCCCCGAGAGCUUUUCAUCAAAUCCAGCUGUUACAGCACCAUCCCCAUCACCAUGAGCAACCCUGGUCCUACUGUGUCCUGGACCUUCACAUCUGAACCAAAGAGCAUCUCCUUCAGUGUGGUCUACAGGGAGAGCAGUGAGACUCCACUGGAACAAGCCAAGGUUUUGAUCCCUCUGACCCGUUGUAACUCCCACAAGGAGACAAUACAGGGGGAACUAAAAGUCAGAAAUGCUGGAGAAUACACACUUAUCUUUGACAACUCCUUCUCCAGGUUCAUCUCUAAGAAAGUGCUGUAUCAUCUGAGUCUAGACAAGCCUGUGGUCUACGAUGGAACCGACCUCCUCUGAGUGUGGCAGGAGCAGCACGAGGAUGUGUAACACUGACUUUUUCAAACUGUCAAGGCUGUUUAAGCGCAUAGUUAUCACUUCAGAGUCUUCUGAUGCUGAGCAGCCUCAGCGGAAAGGUCACAGCAUUAAAACACAUAAGUAAAUAACAAUAUUACACUACGGUAUGUCAGCAUGCACUUUUAUGAAAGCUAGUUUAAAUAUACAUAAGGAAGGAUAUCCAAAGUUCAGGCGCUUUCGUAUUUGAAUGUGACCGCUUAAUGUGUGUGUCAGUUAAAAUCCUCUUUUCACAAUAUGAGAAGUUUUAUGUUUUGAUAUCCAAAAGUAUCAAAAUCAAAUAAAAAGGGUUGAGGAAGUGUUUUUAUACUUAAAAAAAAAACCAGGGAGGGAUGUGGGGUUUUGCGUAAAUAAGUGGCCAUAAAUACAUCAGAUAAAGAUGCUUUAUGAGAAAAAAAAAAUAAUAUACAGUAAUAAUUGUUGUACAUUGUUCCCAGAAAAGCUCUGACUGCUGGCAAACACAUGCGAUUGAGUCAUAAUCAAACAGGGAGCCUCUUGUUGUGAAAGCGUCUGUGGUUGCAAGCUGAGAUCAAAUCGAAUCACUUGAUUUAUUAACGGUAACUUUGAUUGUAAAACGUUUCAGUGGAAGAAUUCAACUCUGAUGUUAACUCUGAUGUUAACAGAGUCUUAACUGACGCUUCAGUGGACAUUAAUGCUGCGGUAGAAUGAGCCCAGCAGUCCUUUCACAUAUCUUUCUUACUGUUGCCUUUUCAGCUGUCAGAAAUUAGAUGAAAUGGAUGUGUCGCAAUCAUGACGAAGCUUAAAUGGAAGAAACAGAACCACAGGAAGAACCCGGAAAGCAUUUGGUUUUAUUUAUCUUGAGUAAACAGGCUUUAUUUCAGUGCUUUGUCUCUAGUGGUUGCAGCUGAAGACAGAGGGGAGUGUGGCUGCUUGGGUUCUGUGCAUGCAAACAUUAAGUGUGUGUGCAAGCUUUCCCAACUUCAUUAAGCAUAUAUCAAAAUGUAAGUUUCAGUGCUUCAGUAUUUAGUUGUUUUUUCCCAUCAGUUUAACCAUCACUCUUGAUGGUUUUACAUUUAAAGUGGGCAAAAAUGGGACAAAUUCUCAUGAAAACCACGAAGCUGUUACUGUCUCUAGAAAGAAAAAAGAAUCAUCUUUAGAAUCGUUUUCUUGGGUUUUUUAUGCUUUUGCUGUGUAAUGUUCUGGAUGAGUUAAUUAGAGUGUUUUGUUAUGAGAAAUGUGCAAAACCUGCAGUGUGUCAAACAGAAAACACGAGCCUCAGCCUUUAAAUCACACAAGUCCAAAAAUUCUGUUACUUUAAUACCUGAUUUUUUUCAUAUGUGGACCUUUAAAGGGUUUAAUGUGGAAGAUAAUCCAAGUUUUCAAUCAGCAAUCCUCUCAGUGUCUCAUCAUUUAACAAUACUGACAGAGUAACAUUGAUUUAACUGCUUUGCUCUAUCCAGAGGUUUUACAAAAUCUCUUCCACCAUUUUAAACCCAUUUUGUAAUUUAUGUUGUGAAGAACUGACAGGAGAAAAGAAAACAAGGAAAAAUGCUAAUUGAUUUUUAUACAUCCGCUCAUUAAGAGUGACAAGUUGCCAAAUAUAUUUUACAAUUCUUAAAUGGGAGUUUCUAUUUAAAGACACUGCGACAUGACUGCUGUAUAAUGCACUUUGUGAAAGGGCUUUUUGUCGAUAUGUAUCCCAUGAGCCUUUGUGCCAGAUGAUGAAUGAGUUUUUUUUCUCCUCCAUAUGUAGGCAGUGUUUGAUUGUAGAUGUUUACAGCUGGAUUUACCAGAGGGAAUCUGCCGACACAUCUUAUGAGAACUAAAUAUUUAUACUAGAAAUGAUGUAAGGUUAUGGUUAAUAAAUAAGGAUUGUGUGA